CCGGAGGUGGGCUGCUUGUUCAUAGGCGCUUCUUGCGCUUCAGCACCACAAGCUGUGCUGUCUGCAGAGUAGCAGAGUGGACUCAGUGGACUUACUAGAAACGUUAUCUUAGUGUCGCAUGCGAAAAUAUUUGUAUAUCAUUAGUUUACUUUUGAUGCCCACCCCCCUGCUCACUCGGAAACGACCGUAACACCCAGCAGCUAGCGUUGGUUAGCUAGCGUCACUUUAGACCAAGUUAACGUUGACGUUAGCUGAGCUCCCUGUGAGUCACCUGCUCGUAAAACGGCGACCCACGUUGCUAUUUUGUUGAGCAAAAAAAAGCAAAUUGAUCUGUAACCGCAACGCUGUCGCAUUUUCGUUAGCACUGUUGCUGUUGGCUACGAUGAGCUGUAUGAAGGAAGAAGUUCGCAGCGGGUCUCCUCUCUUCCCCAAGCCUGACGAGUCUGAGGAGCCGCUGGGCACGGCCAUGGAGACAGGAGUUGCUGCAGCAGACAUCAACGUGAAAAGUGAGAGAAUGACAUCUGAGGGGGUUGUCACCAAAGAAAUGGAGGAAGAAGAGAAGAAGCUGAUGGAGGAAGGGGAGAGGAGAGAAGAAGAGAUGAUGAAAAAGGCCUUGCAAGCGCAGGAGAGGGAAUCCCACGACAUGCGGUUCAAGAGGCUCCAGCAUUUGCUGCAGAAGAGCAACAUCUACUCCAAAUUCCUGUUGACUAAGAUGGAGCAGCAACAGAGGGAGGAGAACCUCAAGAAGGAGCGCUGUGGAAAGAAGACAAAGAAGAACAAAAACAGUACCGAGCCAGAGAAAGAUAAAAAGAGAAAGAGGGAGGACGACUACAAAAUAGCAGACGUCAUGUCAAAAGAAGAAAUCCUGUCGCAAUCAAAGAAGAAAAAAGUGGAGGACGUGGACAAGGCGCCACUCCUGAAGAAACUUGAUGCCGAGGACAUCGAGAAGAUGUGCGACUCCAACCAAGACAUCAAGAACCGCCUGUCUGAGGCGGUACGAGACAACGCCCAGCAGCUCCUGGAUCCCCACAGGAGGGUGGCCGACCAGCCGGUGCCUGCCAAGCAGCCGCUGCUUUUUACCGGGGGGGUCAUGAGGUCGUACCAGAUAGAGGGCACGGAGUGGCUGAGGAUGCUGUGGGAGAACGGCAUCAACGGAAUCCUAGCUGACGAGAUGGGCCUGGGGAAGACCGUCCAGUGCAUUGCUCAUAUCGCCAUGAUGAUAGAGAAGAAAGUGAUGGGCCCCUUCCUGGUGGUGGCCCCUCUCUCCACACUGCCUAACUGGAUGAGUGAAUUCAAGCGCUUCACGCCAGAGGUAUCGGUGCUGCUCUACCAUGGCCCCCAGCCAGACAGAGCCAAAGUUCUGAAGCAGAUCCACAGACCUCAGGGGGCCCUCAGCAUGUGCCCUGUGGUGCUCACCUCAUUUGAAAUCGCCAUGAUAGACAGAAAGUCGCUACAGCGCUUCCAGUGGAAGUACCUGAUCGUGGAUGAGGGCCACAGGAUCAAAAACCUCAACUGCCGGCUGGUGCGGGAGCUGAAGAUGCUGCCCACCGACAACAAGCUGCUGCUGACCGGCACUCCACUGCAGAACAACCUGGCCGAGCUCUGGUCCCUCCUCAACUUCCUCCUGCCAGAAGUCUUUGACGACCUCAGGAGCUUCGAGUCGUGGUUUGACAUCAGCACCAUCAGUGAGGCGGAGAACGUGAUCGCUACUGAACGUGAGCAGAACAUCCUGAGCAUGCUGCACCAGAUCCUGACUCCGUUCCUGCUGAGGAGGUUGAAGUCUGACGUGGCGCUGGAGGUUCCUCCGAAGAAGGAGAUCAUUGUGUACGCACCUCUGACAGCCAAGCAGGAGGCCUUCUACACCGCCACGGUCAACAAAACCCUCGCCAAGAUGCUGGGCCAGGAAAAGACGGAGGCUCCCGUGGUGUUUAAGUCCAGCGGGCGGCCCAAGCGCCACACCUCCGUGGUGAACUACAAAGAGAGGCAUGGGGACACGCUGCAUGACCUGGAGAAAUAUCUGGAGAAGGUCCAGAAGGAGCAGGAGCAGAGCUCGUCCCCGGUGGUGGCUAUCCAGAGCCCGCUGGACGCCCUGAUCAACCUAAAGCUGCAGAACAUUCUCAUGCUGCUGAAGAGGACGUGUAACCACCCCUACCUGGUGGAGUAUCCGCUGGACCCCGCCACGCAGACGUUCAAGAUUGACGAGCAGCUGGUGCGGAGCUCCGGGAAGUUUUUGAUCCUGGACCGACUGCUGCCUGCACUGAAGGAGCGGGGGCACAAGGUUCUGAUCUUCAGUCAGAUGACGUCCAUCCUGGACAUCCUGAUGGAUUACUGCUACCUGCGGGGCUUCCAGUAUAGCCGGCUGGACGGCACCAUGUCCUACUCCGACCGGGCCGAGAAUAUGGACAAGUUCUCCAAAGAUCCCGAGGUGUUCCUUUUUCUACUUAGCACCAGAGCCGGAGGACUCGGGAUCAACCUGACGGCCGCCGACACAGUCAUCAUCUUUGACAGUGACUGGAACCCCCAGGCCGACCUGCAGGCUCAGGACCGCUGCCACCGAAUUGGGCAGACCAAGCCGGUGGUGGUGUACCGGCUGGUCACGGCCAAUACCAUCGACCAGAAGAUCCUGGAGAGGGCCUCGGCCAAGAGAAAGCUGGAGCAGAUGGUCAUCCACAAAAAUAAGUUCAAAGGUGUGAGGGCGGAGCUCAGCCACAGUAAGAGCUGCAUUGAUCUAGACGAGCUGAAGUCAAUGCUCAAAGCCAGAAGCACAGAGAAGGAGGUGAAAGCAUCGACAGGGAAAGUGAUCAGCGACAAGGACCUGCUGCUCUUGCUGGAUCGCAGCGACUUGCUCGGAAAAGCAAAGCAGAGCGGGAAGAAGGAAAAGGUGGGAGUCUUCAGAGUGGUCGAUGGCAAGGACUCGUCGGAGAUUGUGUUGACCUGAGGACCCUCGGGGGCCUCAUGUGGACUUGGGAUGACAGUUCCCUCUGAAAACAAAAGAAAGCUGAAGGUGCACCCAGAUAGCAGGAAAUAUCCUGAAACUGCGGUUUGUUGAGCAAGCGUCUCCUCAGGCUACAAAAGUAUUGUAUGUGUAACCACUAAAUUCUUUUGAAGUUGUGUCUUGUUUGGGUGUUUGACAGACGUUGCCGUUGUUUCAGUCAGUUUCAUGCUAGAAGAUCACAAAAAGAGAUUCUGUUUGCUGCAAUUCAAAUGUGUGAAAACUGCUGGAUGGAAGCUUUCAUACACUUUUUUUUUAUUUUUUUUUAUGAAGUUCAUAUAGAACAUGACUAUUUUUGGCUUGGAUUUGCUUUUGCUUCUGGUGUUCUCUUAAUGUGUUCUGCCAGAUGUAGUAACACGUUCUAGUCGGUUAGUCAAAAACGUUCAAUUAAUGUUGUAAUGGCACUUUCUUGCAGGUUGGGCAUACAUGUUCUUUUGUGUUUUUAUAUGAAUAAAGUACGAUUUCAUCAUUU